AAAACAAUUUGAGCUGGUGGCUUAGGAUGUCUAUUUAGAUCACACAGAAGUGCCAUGGAAACAUGCAUUCAGUGGGCUGCCAUGUCCUGUGCCCAUCCCAAUACCCAGAUCUCUGUAGCUCCACCUUUUGUUGUGCCACCACGUGUAAUAAUUCCUUAAUCUGCCAGCUAGCAAGUCAAUUAUUAAUUCCCCCACCAAGGACAUCUUCUAAAGGGCUGACCAAGCAGCACAGCCCUUAAUGGGGAGGUUCAUGGGACAAUUGCGCAAGACAAAUUACACACCACAUCCCCUUCACACCAGGCACAAACAGAACCGAACAGCUUCCCUUGGCCCUACGUAACCUUUCCCACAGUCCCCAAGCAGCAAUUUGGGUGUAUUCUGCUCCAUUUUUGCUUUAUCCGAUGCAACAGAGCAAGCAGCCGGGCCCAGGUUGUCACUGUGGGGCUCUUUGGGUCUACACAGCCGCUCCAUAAUCCAACAGCCCUCACCCACAGCUGAGCCCUGGGUCAGAGGAGUGGUGCAGAGACACUGCUGUGCUCCUGCACCUUUUCUCCUUUUGUUCUUUUUCUCCUUCCGUGUCAGCAGCCACAAGGCUGAGGCCAUGGAGGCCUUCCAGCAGGUGUUCCAGAAGGUGGAGAAGAUCGGGGAGGGCACCUAUGGUGUGGUGUACAAGGCUCGCAACAAGCGCACGGGGCAGCUGGUGGCCCUCAAGAAGAUCCGCUUGGACGCGGAGACAGAGGGCGUCCCCAGCACUGCCAUCCGAGAAAUCUCGCUGUUGAAGGAGCUGAAGCAUCCCAACAUAGUCAGGCUCCUGGAUGUUGUGCACAGCCAGAAGAAGUUGUAUCUCGUAUUUGAGUAUCUCAAUCAGGACCUGAAGAAAUACAUAGACUCUUCCCAAACUGGAGAGUUUCCUUUAAGCUUGGUCAAGAAUUACCUUUUCCAGCUGCUGCAGGGUGUGAGCUUUUGCCACUCUCACAGAGUCAUUCACAGGGACUUGAAGCCACAGAACUUGCUCAUUAAUGAAGCAGGAGCAAUCAAACUGGCUGAUUUUGGGCUGGCAAGAGCUUUUGGAGUUCCCCUGCGCACAUACACUCAUGAGGUGGUGACUUUGUGGUACCGAGCUCCUGAAAUACUCCUGGGAUGCAAAUACUAUUCAACAGCUGUGGAUAUGUGGAGCAUUGGCUGCAUCUUUGCCGAAAUGGUGACCAGGAAGGCCCUGUUUCAAGGGGACUCAGAGAUCGAUCAGCUCUUCCGGAUCUUUCGCACCCUGGGCACUCCCACCGAAGCAACCUGGCCUGGGGUGUCACAGCUGCCUGACUACAAGGGCGACUUUCCCCAGUGGGCAAGGAAAGAGAUGAAGGAAGUUGUUCCCAACUUAGAUCGACAUGGCAGAGACCUACUGGCGCAAUUGCUCCUGUACGACCCCAGCAAACGCAUCUCAGCCAAGGCAGCUCUCAGUCACCAGUACUUCUUUCGGAAAAGCCCCCAGAGCACUGAAGAGCAACACGUGCAUCAGAGACACUGCAGAUGAGAUGCACAGCUCUCUCCAUACACUUCUGGAGAGCAGUGCAGAUCUGUUUCAGUGCGCUUAGCAAGAGGCUAGUCCCGUCCUAGGGCCUUACUUUUCCUGAGAAGUCCAUUUAGAGUCUCUCAGCCUGUUGCUGGGGAAAGGUUUGCUUAAGUUACGUCCAAUAGAGCUGUUUUGAAGAGGCCACAUGCAAAGGUGAGAUUACUGUCAGCAUAAAACAGUGACAUGUAAAAGAGAGAGCAUGCUUCAGAUGCUUGUCCUUUCAUUAGCCAGCAAGCUAAGGUGACUUACACACAAAGAUUUCUCUCUCCAGCACUGGAGCACCCCCAGAUCUCACUGCGGGUCUGAUGGUGCAGUUCCUGACACCAGGGUGUGCUGGAGCUCUGCUGUGGGUAGGACAGUGCUGCUCUGCUUACCCAUUCACUGUUAGCAAGAACCAGAUUUGUCAGUGUUGGAUACGUUUAAGUUGAGCUGUUUAACAGAGGUGACAUUCUGCCGUUUUGAAAGCUGAGGAGCACUGUAAAGUAUCUUAAUUUAUGCCUUAGUUGUGAGAAGCCAGAAGAUCCAGCUCAAAUAAAGCACUUGCUGCAUAUAUUGGAAACUGACAUCUGCAACACCAGCUUUCCAUCAUCAGCCCAGAUGUAAUGCUGGCUCCUUUGCUUUUGGAAAUGUUUUUGCUGUUCAGGUGUUUGGAGAAUUAUCAUUAGCUUCUAGUGUGGUUUUGGCAUCUGUGGCCUUGUGGGUUUUUUCAGUAUAGAAAAAAAUAAAGGCUUGUCAUUUGUUCAGAAACAUCUGUGUUUAUUGCUUGGUAUUGAGCUAGUGUUGCAGGGCAAGCUGGGUGGCAUUUGUUUUUUCACAGACCUCCCUUCAUCAUCUCCUGCACUCUUCCUUUAUUCUUUGCAGCCCCAGUCCCUGGCAGGAGCAGAGAUGUGCUCUCAAUUCUGUUGUGGAACAAAGGGCAAAUGACCUGCCUGCCUGAACCAAGCACUUUUACCCUUUAUUUUGCUCCUUCUCUUCACCUGAGGAAAGGCAGCAGGUGGCUCUGCUUCAUUCCCAACAUCAAAAAGACCUUUGUCAUCCCUACUGUAGCAGUCCCCCCCAACAGCAACACCCUGGGACCUGUUGCUCACCUCCCUUUGGGCCUUGCCCCACCACCUGGCUACAUUCCCCCUGCAGCUUUAGAAGCCGCCAGGACCUGGGUAGCUUGCUUGCCUCUGCAAUUUGCACAAAUUAGGUUUUGGGGAGGGUUGCUUUGCUUUUGAAGCUGUUGGUAGGAGUCAUGCUGGAGUGCCUUGCCCAGAAGAAGCUGUGCUGCUUGUGCAAGGGAGGCAUGGUUUGUGACUGAGGAGGGCAGGCAGCAGGGCUCUCCCAGCAGCCUACAGAGCCAUGUGGUUGGAAAACUGAGGGCUGCUGUGCAUCUCAUGUCCUCCAUAUGAUAACAAGCAGCUCGCAGGGGCUCUUUGGAGAGACCUGGAUGAAUUCUGCUGUGGGAAUAAGCACCUUGCCUUUGCAUACAUGUUUUAAAGUCAAAUCACUUUGU